AUGGAAGAAGAAUCCCCGUCAGAAGCCUCACGGCGCGAUAUCGCCAAACGCGUUUCGCGAGCCUGUUUGCAUUGCAGACAACGCAAGUCUCGAUGUGACCUAGACUCUAAUGGGAAACCCGGCAAACCACCAUGCCAGCGUUGUGUACGCGAAAACCGCGAGUGCAUAUUAGGCGGCUCAAAUCGUGGAGGUCGUCGAAUCCGGAAGAACAAAAUCAAGAACUUUACACCGGUCAAUCGCUCACCAGGCAAGGAUUCGGAAGUCUCAAGCCCAACCAACUCGGAAAAUCGUCGAGUGCAAUCGGCAUCCUAUCCUGGCCCGCUAGUCUUUUUGCCACCUAAUCCACCGGCGCCAGCAUCGGCAUCCGUCGAGGAAGAUGAUACCUCGAUAUCGUCUGUCCCGCGCAAUCCAUCAGACGCAUGGCAAUGCUUGACCGGCAUCGCCACGGAAGGCACAGAGAUCGCUCCCGAGAUCCGCAAUGAACAUGUUCGGUCGGAGCCAACACCAUUCCCAGUAUACAACAGCCUGCGCAAUGGCGUCUCAGACUUCAACAACCCAACCACUGGCAUCAGGGCCUACAGACUUGUCCAGUCGUGCGCCCUAGACCCGGAAACGGUGUGGCAACUGAUUUCCCGCUACGCGGAGAACUUCCACCAGUAUCUUCCCCUUGUGCCGCGGAAGUAUUUCACACGCGCAUCGCUAGACGCAUUCGCCGCCAAUGAGAAGCACCUGCUCACCGCAGUCCUGACGAUCGCCUCCAAGGAUUUGGUCGACCAACCCGAGAUCCACGAGUACUGCUCGAAGUACAUGCACGAGCUGAUUUCCGGCAUCGCCGCUGGCGCAGAAUGUGAUGUUGAAGCGGUCGAAGCGCUUCUCUUACUCGCCGAGUGGGAACCUCAGGGACUGCGGCCUCGCAUUGAACGCGUUGGGCGCGGAGAGGAAGACCGCGCGGCGUGGAUGCAUGUCGGGCUUGCGUUGCGCUCGGGGUAUUUCAUCGGCAUGGAUCGCACGUCUUUCCGUGGGGAUCCUUAUGGGGACCAUGAGAGUGAGGCACGGAGACGUCUGGCCUGGGCGAGCUGCUAUGUCUCUGAUCGAUUGAUUUCUGUGCGUAUUGGACGUGCUUUCUGGUCUCGUGGCCCCGGGCCCAUGACUGGUCUUGUCAGUCAGGAUUUUCCAUCGCUGCAGCCGGUUAACGAGGGCGAGGAGGACUAUGCGAAGAUCUUUCAGGCUAUGUUGGAUCUUACGCAGCUCUAUGGGAAUGUUCACGAAGUUUUAUAUUCGGGGAUGCGUACUAGUAACCAGAUGAUGCUGAUGGGAGACUAUGUUAAAUAUGUGGAUGACUUCCGUCUGGCGAUUCUGCGGUGGAAGUCACUUUGGGGGUCAUUGGACUGCUCACCACCUAUGCGAGCAACACUGCAGUUGUCAUACGAGUAUUUGCGUCUGUAUACAACUGCUUUCGCGUUCCAAGCUGCGAUCUCGCAGUCGCUCGUCAAACCGAAAACCGACCUACAAAACCAGCGAGAACAUCUACGAUCGACAUUCAAGAAUGUAGCUUCGAUGCAGGAUUCGCGGUUCAUCUAUGAAUCCGUUGAUGCGGCCAAGUCAUACUUGACAAUCUUGGUGGAUCUGGUAGAUCCUGAGAAGCAUCUCCACUUCAUGCCUCUCCGCUUCUACCUAUAUGGCAUCUACUCUGCCGUUUUCCUCUACAAGGCUCGUUCAUUCGGAAUGAUGGUCCCAUCAGAAGAAGCAAAAGUCCAAGGCCUAGUCAUCCGAACCACUGAAGUGCUCAAACAAGCAAGUGCCGGCACUGAUGACAUCGGGUCGCGCUAUGCUCGCCUUCUAGAGCUUCUAUGGAAGCCCAAGUCCACAUCGAACCCAACCGAAGAGACGCAAAAUAGUGACUUCCCACUACAAACAUCCCUUCCGAACCCAGUCACAGACCCGGGAUACAUGAAAUUCAGCCCUGCGAAUGACUUCUCAUGGCUAGAUUUGGAGGCCGUGGGCGAUUAUGUAUCCGGGGACCAGAUUUCUGGUGGCUUGUUGGGGCUGGAUGCGUUCCAGAAUGCCUCCGAUAUGUACCAAUCUGGAGAGCCACGCUCGCAGACUUGGCAGCCGUCUGCUUGGAUGGGAGAUAUGAGCAGCAACCUUCUCUUUUAA